GGCAGGGGGAGCCCGAGCCCGGCGGCCCCGAGCCGGUCGCGCGGCGAGGAAGAGACGUGGGAGGUGGAGCCGGGCCGGCCGGGGAGAGUGUCUGGGGCAGGGAGCGGAGAAGCUGGUUCCAGGCUGAGAAGGCGGACGGGGUAGGAUAGAAGAGGAAGAUGCCUAGUACGGACCUUCUGAUGUUGAAGGCCUUUGAGCCCUACUUUGAGAUUUUGGAAGUAUAUUCCACAAAAGCCAAGAAUUACGUGAAUGGGCACUGCACCAAGUAUGAGCCCUGGCAGCUAAUUACGUGGAGUGUCGUGUGGACUCUGCUAGUCAUCUGGGCAUAUCAUUUUGUCUUCCAGCCAGAGAGUUUAUGGUCAAGGUUUAAAAAGAAGUGUUUUAAGCUCACCAGGAAGAUGCCUUUCAUCGGCCGCAAGAUCCAAGUGAAAUUGAACAAGGCUAAGGAUGAUAUCAUUAAGAAUAUGUCAUUCCUGAAAGUGGAUAAGGACUAUGUGAAAGCUCUGCCAUCCCAGGGUCUGAGCUCGUCCACUGUGCUGGAGAAGCUGAAGGAGUACAGCUCGAUGGAUGUCUGCUGGCAAGAAGGGCGAGCCUCAGGAGCGGUGUACAAUGGGGAGGAGAAGCUCACCGAGCUCCUCGUCAAGGCUUAUGGAGAUUUUGCAUGGAGUAACCCACUGCAUCCAGAUAUCUUCCCAGGACUCCGUAAGAUAGAAGCAGAAAUUGUCAGGAUGGCUUGUUCCCUUUUCAACGGAGGACCUGAUUCCUGUGGAACUGUGACCUCUGGUGGGACAGAAAGCAUAUUGAUGGCCUGCAAAGCUUAUCGGGACCUGGCCUUGGAGAAGGGAAUCAGAAAUCCAGAAAUUGUGGCACCCCAAAGUGCCCAUGCUGCGUUUGAUAAAGCAGCCAAUUAUUUCGGGAUGAAGAUUAUACGGGUUCCCCUGAACAAAAUGAUGGAGGUGAAUGUGCGGGCCAUGAGAAGAGCCAUUUCCCGGAACACUGCCAUGCUCGUCUGCUCUACCCCACAAUUUCCUCAUGGUGUGAUAGAUCCUGUCCCUGAAGUGGCCAAGCUGGCCGUCAAAUACAAAAUACCUCUUCAUGUAGAUGCUUGUCUGGGAGGCUUCCUCAUUGUCUUCAUGGAGAAAGCAGGAUACCCACUUGAGCAGCCGUUUGAUUUCCGGGUGAAAGGUGUGACCAGCAUUUCAGCUGAUACUCACAAGUAUGGCUACGCCCCCAAAGGCUCCUCAGUGGUGUUAUACAGCGAGAAGAAGUACAGGAACUACCAGUUCUUCGUUGCUACAGACUGGCAGGGUGGCAUCUACGCUUCCCCCACCCUCGCGGGCUCACGGCCUGGUGGCAUUAGUGCAGCCUGUUGGGCCACCUUGAUGCACUUUGGUGAGAGUGGCUAUGUUGAAGCUACCAAACAGAUCAUCAAAACUACUCGCUUCCUCAAAUCAGAACUGGAAAAUAUCAAAGGCAUCUUUGUUUUGGGGAAUCCCCAGUUGUCGGUCAUUGCUCUGGGCUCCCAUGAUUUUGACAUCUACCGACUGUCUAACCUGAUGACUGCUAAGGGGUGGAACUUGAACCAGCUGCAGUUCCCACCCAGUAUUCAUUUCUGUGUCACAUUACUACACACUCGGAAUCGAGUAGCCAUACAGUUCCUAAAGGACAUCCGGGAGUCUGUCACACAAAUCAUGAAGAACCCUAAAGCAAAGACUACAGGAAUGGGUGCCAUCUAUGGCAUGGCCCAGGCAACAGUUGACAGGAAUCUGGUGGCAGAGUUGUCCUCAGUCUUCUUGAACAGCCUGUACAGCACAGACACUGUGACCUCGGGCAGCCAGAUGAACGGCUCCCCCAAACCCCGCUGAGCCUUGACCCCUUCUAACCUCAGGGGGCUUCCGGCCUUCAGAAGGUUCUUGGGGUAUGAAACAGACCACGUACAACUUUGACAUCUGGUCUUACUUCACAGAGCACAAUGAGACAGACGAAAAGUCAGCUUGGUCCUCAGGAUUGUUGUUCUACCUUUUAUCAUCCUUUUCAUGGUUUUUAAUUUGAAGACCCGUAAAGGAUUUCAUCACCUAAUCAUUUUGCCCUCGUUUUAAGCGCUACCCUAGGAAUUCUAACCACUUCCCUCUCUAACCUCUCUAGCUUUCACCUUAGUCAUUGUGUGGCGACUACUCUGACCUGUCCUGAUUCCUUAGGGAAGCUGGGGUACAGUUUAUGAGAUAGCAAAAGUGUUUCUCUGCUGUCUCAAGCAGAUGUUUGGGCUAGUCAGAUAAGAAGCAUUUAUAUAACGUUUCCCUUCAUGGAUCUCAUGUGUACUCGAAGCAGGAGGCUUUUUCAGCCCUCCUCUUAAGUAGGUUAGUUGUCUUCCUUAGAGGCACUUUUAUUGUAAUCCAUUUUCUAUUUCCAGGACAUGAUUGUCCAGCCGUUGUUCCCCACUAUGCAGGACUAGAGUGGCUGAGCAUGUCUGCUCGGUCUAGCAAGGGGUGGCCCAUUGGUCCACUUCUGGGCUUGUAGUCUCCAUCUGACACUCGAUUACCACCAUCUUGGGAGAUUCUCAUGUGAAAUAAGGUUCCCGUUGCCUUGUUCUUGUUCCCAUGGACUAGGAAGAGAGCAUGGUUUCCAGAGACUCUGGGACUUUGUGGACCUGGUGCUGCCUCCCUGAUUGGCAGUGGUCAGAGCAGACCUGAGCCCUCUCCUGGGGUGGUGGUGAUCAGAAACCAGACUCUUUCCUAUACUCUGAGUGUCAGGGUAGGAUGAACACCCAAGUUCAAAUACACGUCACCCAAGUUGGUGGUACUCCCUCCCCAUUGCUUUAAGCUAUCAUGUAAUAAUCUUUCCAUUAUGUUUGCUUGAAGGAACAAUUCAAAGCACCUUCACGAGUUGCCUUGACUAACCUAGGUGAGGAGGGCGUAAGAGAGAGCCCUCAUGGCAAGGAAAAUUUUCUCUCUCCCGUGAUGUGUUUUUCCUGCCUGUUUCCCUUUUAUUCAGCUCCCAAAGGUACUAUGGCAGUUUAGCGUCAGCUACUGGAUAUUUCUCAGCCCUGACUAACAGGGAGCAGCUCAAGAUGAGAGAAGCUCUCUGGAUUAGGAGAGCUUGAUGGCCAGUGUCAAUUGUGGCCUAGGACCUGGAAUUCUUCAUAAGACUCUUUGCUCAGGGUGGUGCAGGGACAGGACCAAACCCUGCACCCACUUCCUGCCCUCUCCUGCCCACUGUAUGGGGCCCCAAUCCCAGUUGAGCCACUGUUCUCUAAUGACGUCAUGUAGUGUGCCUUUCUUCUCAGCAGGGAGCAGUGAGCUUUUCCUGACCCAGGCCCCAGGGGAAAUGGGUCUGUUUUUGAGGUUUUUAUUUGGGUUGGGGAGUUCUUAGGACAAGAUAGGAUAAAUGUUCCUCUGUUCCGUUCCCCUUCUCAGGGACUCCUGAAUAUUCAGCCUCUCCAGAUGGUAUAUCCCUAGCCUCCCUCACUGGGCUGCUGGCCAGGAGCCAAGCUACCAGACUCCUCCUCCAGCUCCCAGCCAGUUUGUCUGAAGUGUUCUUUAGCACUCUACUUUCCACACAAUAUCUGUGACUAGCUGGCUGUCUCAUUGCAGGGCUCAUGUGGUAGGUGUGUAUGUGUUUAAACAUGUUUGCUCUGCAGUGCAUUGUGGGUUUUAAGAGUGGUUGGUGUUGGUGUGCAUAUCAGAGGGAGAGGCUGGGAUCCUUUGGACAUAGCAGUUACAUGUUUAUUCCCAGUUGUUGAAGUGGUGGGCACCUCCUUUUGAGCAAGUAUAUGUAGUCAGAACUGUACUUUAAUUGUUCUUGGGUCUCCAGUGCUUUGUUGCAGGGGCUCUGGGGACCCAGAACCACCCAGCAGGCAACGCUGUUCUUUGUGAGCUGCUGAAAUGGAGAAGCAUGUGCCCCACAGAGUGUGCUAAUGCUUCCAGCGUCUGUCUCCCUGGGACCAGACCCCGAGCCACUCACAGUCUCUCUGCCGGAGCCUGGGUACUUACUAGGGGUGGUGGUGUUUUCAAAGGGACCUACUGCAGUCAUUUGAUCAUCAAGAGCCUAAGUUUGACUUACCAUUUUUUUAGAUUUUUAUUUGUAUCUGUGCAUAUGUGUGUAGUACGUGGGCUGUGGCAGAGGUGGGAGUGGAGUAUCUUACUGUGUUGCUAGCAGAUGUCACAACAUUGGCCUCUGCAAAAACUGUACUGUUUUGUUCCUGCAUAGAAGUAGUUGUGUGCCUACACUGCCAUGCCACCUUUAAUGUUAUUGGUUUUAUACUUGGAAAACGGUACUUUACUCUAUUAAUUCUUUCCUGCCUCUUGUCUUCUCUAACUGCCCCCUUCCCAGCUCAGUGCUCCUUUCCCAGUUGCAGCAAUAAUGUCUUAAAAAGCUAUAGAAUAAUUAAAUGCCCCAGAUCUCAAUCACUGUGGAUGGUUGCAUUCAUUUGUUUCCUUGGGCACAUAUGGGAGGUCACAAAUGGGGUGGUGGCAGUGCUUGAAUUGGCUGCUGGUGAGAGAUCACCCCCUUGUGGUGAAGUGGUUAUGUGUGACCAUUGCUAUUAGGACCACUACAUAGACCCAGGGGCCCUGGUGGCACAGUGGUUAAGAGCUCGGCUGCUCACCGAGAGGUCAGCAGUUCAAACCCACCAGCUCCUCCUUGGAAACCCUAUGGGGCAGUUCUGCUUUGUCCUAUAGGGUCGCUAUAAUUUGGAAUCGACUCAGUGGUAACGGUUUUUUUUUUUUUUAAGAGAGA